AUGGCUUCUUAUGAAGCCUUAUAUAGGAGAAAGUGUCAAUCUCCACUCUAUUGGACGGAAUUGAGUAAGAGAACUAUCAUUGGUCCUGACUUAGUGGACAUCACCAGGAAGAUUGAUCUGAUCAAACAAAAGUUAUUGAUAGUUGAAAGCCGUCAAAAGAGCUAUGCAGAUUUUUAUCAGACAACUUUGGAAUUCGAUGUAGGUGAUCAUGUGUUUUUGAAAGUUUCUCCACUCACAAGUAUUGGAAGAUCCAUCAAAGCCAAAAUGUUGACACUUAGGUUCAUAGGCCCAUAUGAGAUCUUGGAGAGAAUUGGGCCUGUUGCCUGUCGUAUUGCUCUGCCAUCGUACUUGUCCAACAUUCACAAUGCGUUCCACAUGUCACAACUGAAGAAGUACCAUCCAGAUCCAUCUCACAUCAUUGAACCUGAAGAAGUUGAGUUAUAUGAGAACUUGACUUACAAGGUAAAACCAGAGUGGAUUUUGGAUGUGAGGGACAAGCAAACACGGAACAAGACCAUCAAGGUUGUAAAAGCCUUUUGGAAAGGACUAAGUCUUAGUGAUGCUACUUGGGAAAUUGAGGAGUGGAUACAGUGCGAGUACCCGUACUUGUUUUCUUGGUAG